GGAAAAAAUGUGCAAAAAUGGACGGUGUCUUCAAGAACUGUACUUUACACGAGGCACUGGCGAUCUUAGAAGAAGACUCUGAUUAUGAAGUCAACCAAAUAUUUGUGGAGCCUCCUGAACCCAAUAUUCAUUCUGUCGUUACAGCUAUGUGCUCAUUGUACGGAGUUGAACCACUAUCAAGCAUUGGCCGAUAUUCUGCUGCUGAGAAAAAGAAAAUACAAGUACCUCGUCCUGCGGUAUUUACCAACUACAAUCGUUAUAUGGGUGGUACAGACUUGAUGGACCAGAAUAUCAAUACUUACCGGAUUGGGAUUCGAGGAAAAAAGUGGUGGUGGCCUAUUUUUACCUACCUGAUUGACGCCUCAAUUUGUAAUGCCUGGAGUUUAUCUAGAAAAUCAGGAAAUCCUAUUAACCAACUUGACUUUCGGCGGCACAUUGUUCAAACAUAUUUGUUGCGAUUCCGUAACUUGCCCCGAGGUCCUGGUCGCCCUCUCACUUCGCGACAAUCUAAGACUGGUUACCAAGUUUCCGAUGAGCUGCGAUACGAUGCUAUUGCUCAUUAUUUAAUACCAUGUCCUGAGGGUGUGCGUCGUAGAUGUGGCUACAAAUACUGUAAAAGCCAAUCGAGAUUGCAAUGCUCCAAGUGCAACGUUGGACUGUGUGCUAAAUGUAAUUACAGAUUUCAUACGCAAUAA